AAAAAGAAUAGAUUAAAGCUUACAGCUGAUAAAAUAUAAAUGGAAAGAUCAAGAAGGAGCUGACGACAAUCGAUGUUCCAGAUGUAGAAAAAGUGGUUAUACAAAGCAAGUCGACAAGCGGACCGUAUUCCUGCUGGUUCUUAUUCAGAUAAGCAAUGGCUAACAAUAGCUUCCCCUUACCCAUCAAUCAACUGUGUUUUUGGCAUUCUAUCGACUGGUGAAACGUGUGAUAAUCUGUCGAAGAACUUCAAACUAUAAACAACGUUCUGCCGGCGAAGACACACGCGUAAAAUGGACACGUUCGUAGAAAACUUUCACGCUAAGAAGGACGUCGAACGAAUGGAGUACGUACCGUUGGGACGGACAGGUUUGAAGGUGUCGAAAGUUUCCUUCGGUACGGGUACUUUCAGCCAGCUUUACGGUGACCUAGAUGAGGUGAAAGCCGUGGAGGCUGUAGUGUUUGCGGCGAAGCAAGGGAUAAAUUACUUCGAUACGGCACCAUUCUACGGUCAGGGUCGUUCGGAGGAGGUGCUCGGAAAAGCGUUACGGGCAAUACCACGGCAAGCGUAUUACGUCGCAACGAAGGUGGGACGCUACGAGCGAGACUACGGGCGAAUGUUUGAUUACAGUGCGGCUAAAACGCGUGAAAGUGUGGAAAGAAGCUUACACCUGCUCGGCGUAGAUUACAUCGAUGUGGUACAAAUUCACGAUGUAGAGUUCGCCCCGAACCUGGACAUUGUACUGGAGGAGACUCUUCCCGCAUUGGAAGCACUGCGCAACGAAGGAAAGUUACGCUUUAUCGGCGUGUCCGCUUACCCUCUAAAAGUCCUAAAGCAAAUCAUUUCCAAAGCUGCUGGCCGUUUCGAUACCGUACUGUCCUACUGCCGAAACACACUUUUCGACGAGGCACUGAAAGAUUGCGUACCAUUCUUCGAACAAAAUCAUUUGGGCAUUAUUUGUGCAUCCGGUCACGGUAUGGGGCUACUUACAAACGGUGGUCCACAACCGUGGCAUCCAGCCGAUCACCAAUUGAAAUCAGUUUGUGCAGAAGCAGCAGAAUACUGCAAGCAGCAAUGCAUCGAACUCGGUAAGUUGGCCAUGCAUCACUCAAUUGAACUGCCCGGCCCGGCAACGUUUCUGGCUGGGAUGCAGACUACGGAAUUGGUCAACAUCAAUCUGGACGCAUACUUUAAUGGUCUGUCGAAGAAGGAAGCGGAAGUGUUGGCUUAUCUAAGGGAGAGAGUAUUUACAAAAACGAACAACACACACUGGGAGGGCGUUGAGCUGGAGUCCUACUGGGCCGCUAUGAAAGCGGCAAGCUAGAAUUAAAUGUAUGAGCGGGUGAACCAGAUCUUAUCAAAGUUGGCUGUUGUACAGCGAUAAUCAGCAACGGGUGCGCUUUUUAAAUAAACGUCAAAUCGAACCACAUGGAAGCUUCGAA